CUUAAGGUGAGAUCACGUGGAGUCAGCGAAAGCUUGUCUGUUGUUGUUGUGCCUGAGGUUUAUAUCUUUAUCUCGUUGCGGUCUUCCAUUUAAUACGUACCAUGCUUAAAUUAAUUACAGGGCCGUCACCAUUGACCGUUCACUACUCUGGCUCCUUGGUGCAGCAAGAAUCUGGUGCUAGCACAUAGGACCUCAAAGUUAACCUCAAACCCGACACUCCGGCAUGACCAUUGUGCUCCUCUGCCUCUGGACAUUUUGCUGUCCCUUCAGUUUAUGCACUAAUCUUGUUCGUUGCUGGUCUCAGUCAAGGCUCCUCCUUUUUGCCGAUCUUCUGCUGCUCAGGCACGUCAAACACUAAACCACAAGGGGGCAGAAGUCCUUCAUACCAGCCGAGAGAGGAACCUCCCUGACGGCUAACGUGUUAGCAAACAGGUGGCUCGCCUGCAGGAGACAUGAAGGGACAUCGACAUCCAAUCGGAGUCGAGUUACUGGCUACCCGAUGAAUGUUGCUAACCAGAAUGCCCUCUGAGGACCGACAUUUAUCCUCCAGCUGUGGUUCUUACGUCAAAACCGAGCCUUCCAGUCCAUCCUCCUCGCUAGUAGACACCGGCAGUCACCACAGUCCCAGCGGCAACUCUGACGCCAGCGGCGGCUACAUUAACGGCAGCAGCAGACACUCACACGCCCUGGACUCCCCGCCAAUGUUCAACCCAGGCAUGCUCGGAGGCGGUGCCGCCUGCCUACGCCGCUACGAAGAGUGCUCCGGCGUUGUGGUGGACGACUCGCCGAUCAAGUGCGAGUACAUGCUCAAUGCCAUUCCCAAGAGGCUGUGCCUGGUGUGUGGUGACAUUGCCUCAGGGUACCACUAUGGGGUGGCCUCCUGUGAAGCCUGCAAAGCCUUUUUCAAAAGGACGAUACAAGGGAAUAUAGAAUACAGCUGUCCGGCCACCAACGAAUGUGAGAUCACUAAAAGGAGACGCAAGUCGUGCCAGGCCUGCCGCUUCAUGAAAUGUCUUAAAGUUGGCAUGUUGAAAGAAGGCGUACGUCUGGACCGGGUGAGAGGGGGGAGACAGAAGUACAAACGGAGGUUGGACGCAGAGAACAGCGCCUACCUCGGCCUCAGCAUCCCCCCUCCAGCCAAAAAGCCAUUGACAAAGAUCGUUUCCCAUCUGUUGGUGGUGGAGCCGGAGAAGAUUUAUGCCAUGCCUGACCCCACCAUGCCCGACGGAGACAUCAAGGCCCUGACCACGCUGUGCGACUUGGCUGACCGCGAACUGGUGGUCAUCAUCGGCUGGGCAAAACAUAUCCCAGGUUUUUCCACUCUCUCGCUGGCAGACCAGAUGAGUCUACUGCAGAGUGCCUGGAUGGAGAUCCUGGUGCUGAGCAUCGUGUUUCGCUCGCUGCCCUGCGAGGACGAGAUCGUGUACGCAGAAGACUACGUGGUGGAUGAGGAGCAGGCGAGGAUCUCAGGCCUGCUGGACCUGCACGUCGCCAUCCUGCCGCUGGUCCGGCGCUACAAGAAGCUGCGCAUAGAGAAGGAAGAAUUUGUCACGCUCAAAGCCAUCGCCCUCGCCAACUCAGACUCCAUGCACAUAGAGAACAUCGAGGCCGUCCAAAGGCUCCAGGAUUCUCUCCACGAGGCUCUGCAGGACUUUGAGGGCCAGCAUCCAGAGGACCCUCGACGGGCGGGCAAGCUGCUAAUGACCCUGCCUCUGCUCCGUCAGACCGCCACCAAGGCCGUUCAGCACUUCUACAGCAUCAAAAUGCAGGGCAAAGUCCCCAUGCACAAACUAUUCCUCGAGAUGUUGGAGGCCAAGGCUUGACACCCGGGCCAGAUGUUUGACAGACAGCUGCAUCAUCCAAUGGGAGGCGAGGGACAGCCCAUAAAAAAUAAAGGUGGUGUGCCAAUUGACAGUGAAAGGAUGAAGCUUGGACUACUGAGUAAUUUUAACACUUUUAAAUGGUAGUAAACAUAAAAGAAAAAGGGGACUUGAAAUGGUUUUAAAAAGGGUGAAUAUCAACCUGAUUGACAUGGGAUCAUGAUGAUGUAUAUAAAGAUGUUGUGUACAGAAAUCAGGCAACCGAGGUCUUGUUAUAACCAGAGACCCAUUGCUCUAUAUCACCUGAAGCUUCUGUGAAUUUAUUUCUUAACUUAUUUUCAUCUCAAAAUGGAAGUGUGUUAAUAUAAAUGUCCUAAAGAACUGUACGGCUACGUAGCCACAUUAAGUGUUUCUUUCUUUCAUAUUUUCUAAUCUCAGUUGUUAAAGCAAUAGUCUCUAACUGGUCUACAUAUAAUACGUGUACUGUAUAUUGUGUGGAAUUGCACUGGGCAGGGGGGGAGAAUUAUUAGACAUAUUCUUAUAUUCGUCAUCAAAGAGAGCGGUGCCCACCUUGGGUCUGUGGGAUUCUCCAUUUCCUCGUAAUAUAUUUACCUCGUAGUAGCUUCAUCGACUCAGCGGUUAUAGUCAACUUGGUGCUUACAGAAGGACAAUGGUUGGCUGGUGAUCGUAGUUGACAAAGAGUUUGCACUAAGCAACAAUGAAUAACGUGGCAAUAAUGGGUAUUGUACUAGCGGGCUCCGAGGCUCAGUCAGUGUUUUUGCUUAUAGACACUAACCUCCCUCCUCACGUCUGUGUUCAGUGUCAUACACACAUAUUGGAAAUUAAGCAUACUGUGAAAAAUACACAUAAGCUAUAUUCUGCGCUGAGAACUUUUAAACUAUAUGGCUUGUUUAAAAAAAAAAAAAAGUUUAUUUUAUUUAAAUACAGUUACAAUAGAAGCAACGUCUAUGCAAUUUAAUGCAAUCUAACACGCUCUGUAAUGCAACCUGAUAGCCCUGCAAUAAACACUACCUUUGUGAAGUUUAUAUAAUGUUCACUUUGUGUCACAUAGGUGCUGGUUCAACUCACUGCUCAUUUUUGAGUCCAUAGUUUGCGUAGCUAGUGCUGUAUUAGAUUGCAUUAUAUUGUAUAGGUUUAGUUUUUUCCCCUUGGUUUAAGUUGUAUGCUCAAACAACAAGUGUCACUAUAUUGUAAGCAUUAGUUUGUUUUUGGUCGAAGUUGUGUGUGAUACCAAAGUCUGCAUGCUAGCUUCAUCUGAACUUUAAACAUGUUUUAUGAUCCUGUAUUUUUGGUAUACUACAGGUUAAAUAGUGUGGCUCUUAGAGAGGAAACUUAGAAAUAUGACUCUAAAAGAAUAUUUUACAUAACGACUAGGGUAACUACAGGGCAUAAUCUUUCCCCUUGUAUGACAAUUGCCAAAUUUGAAGUUUUUAAAACUAUAUCAAAGAGUCCAAAACUCGCCCAAACAUAAGCAUGUAUUAGAGAUGUUUUUACAUAGUUUAAGCUUUACAGAAAAUCUAUCUUUUGUUAUUGUAAGAUAUCUAAAUUUCAGGAUGGCAAGAAAGUCCCUUUGUCUCCUUGAUUGUUAAAAUCUAAGAUGGCAGCUUGUUUAACAAUAUAAUGACACUUGUGCUUCUGAGAAUAACUUCAAUUCAUCUCUGAAUUUAAACUCAACAACAGAAAGUGAUGUAUAAUAUAUCAGCCCUCAGAUUACGGCUCACUGAUGUUCUGUAUCUACGGCAUUGUUUUGUUGCUCUUUCAAACUGGCACUUUAUUUUAAUUUCUACAAACUCUGACACUAAGGUGCACAAACUAAGUUAAUAAAUCUCUAUAAGUGAUAGUAAACUUUUAGAGGGUAAUAUCUAUCAAUUGUAAACCAGUUGCCAAAUUAUUAAAAGAAAGCAAUCAGAGUAAUGUGAUAGUUAUAAACAUGUUAUCAUAAGAUCAAAAAUAAUACAAUAAUCAGCUGCUCUUAGGAUUUUAGUGAGACAGAUAUUGUCCCUUAUGAACACGAUAAAGCAGUUGUGUCUUUGCGAUGUUUUAAAGUGCCAUUAGCUUCUGCCCAAACAAGAAGAAAACAUAAAGCCAAGAGACCAGUAACUACAGAUGUAGGCCACUUUCUACACUUGAAAUGAUCCCCACAAGAACAGAUGCUAUUGAUACACUGUAAUGUAAUGCAUAGAUUAAUAUAACCCAACACAGUAGAGAAUACAAUUCCCAUGAUGCACUCCCCCAAUGUGUAACCAGCUAAUCUUUCCCCAAUUGAAAUGAGGGAUGUGUCACCGCUGUACGGUAGCAAACCAAAGCGCAAAUACUUAAAAGUGAAAAACUGAUAAGACUGCAUUUUGAGCCAGCCAGUGACCACGGAUGUUAUUUACAGUAUAUUAUUAAUGGUUGUACCUUCAUUCUGCUAAUCAUCCAGUUGUGCGGCUGUUCAUUUUUAGCAUCUUCUAAACCUACGAUGUUGAUGAUAACCACCAAACAAGAUGAAAACCUUUUAUCUUUUUUGUUCAGUCGAUGUAUGCAUUGAUUAAACAUCAGUCUCUUUGUCGAUAUGAGACGCUGUGUGAAGAACUAAGAGAUGAAACUACCAUAAAGAAGUGAGUUUUUUAGCAUUACCGAUGUUAAAGGAGACAAAACUCGACCAAAACAUGCAAACAGACCUUCUCUUCUUCACGUAAUUCCUCUGUGGAAACUAGCAGCAGAUAAUUGUUUCCUAACUUUCCCUUCUUCUCAAAUGAAUAUAAGAAAAUAAAAGAAAAAUGCUUAAUUUAUUUUCAGAGUUCUAAAACUGUUCUACUACAUCCAAUUAAUUCUAAUUGUCUCCUAAGCUGAAAUUCUCAAUAGAAAUGGAGCAAUUAAAUUUCUGCGUUGGCUCUACCUUGGGGACGAGAGACGUUUUAUUUCGGUUGACGGCGGGGAGGGUUUGUCUAAACCUUUACAAAGGCGAUUUCACGGGUGUCUGUAAUAGUUUCAUAACAGAGCGAUCACUGGGCUAUGCAAGGCAAAUACGGCCACCUAAGUUCCUUUGUGUUGUGGAGCAUCAGACUGACAUUUAACUGUGCUUUGUUUACAACGUGGGCAUACUGUACAGUGCUGUACGCCGCAAAUGUAUUGUGCAUAUUUCACCAUACUAUACUGUAACUGCUGUGCAUUGAUAUAACUAUGAUCGUUUGUUUAAUUUGCCGUUUAAUGAAUUUCUCAUGAUGUAUCAGCAACUUCAACACACAUUUAGAGCCCACCUGAAUAGCUGUGUAAUAUAAAUCACUGUAUUGAGUCACGUUAGUCCAUUAUAUUUGGUCUAAGGUGGGCAACAAUUUUUAUUUUCUGUGUCUUGGGGUCUGUCAAUGCUGAAACAAACACUUGUCGGUUUUGAUUAUCAGCACAGCAGGACGUAUAGCGAGUGAUGUAGUCUAGACCCUAUACCUCAAUUCAUAUUUUGAAAAUUACACUGGGUUUGGAAGCGGGCCAUGGGUUCCUCCUGGGAAUCAGUGGCACAGAAAUAAAGUGACAUCACUGACUGGGUAUUAAAAAAAUGUAGAUGAACCCGCUGCAAUUGGGGAACACAUUCCUCGGAGGAGAAAGCUGCUUAUUCGCUGUUCCAUUUGCGGACUUAUCUUAUCUCCAUGCACUCUGAGAUGACGAGAUUUACAUAAAACAUGGAGGAACCUCCCUGGCCGUUCUGGUCCGCGGUGUAUAAAGGACCCUGCUAGGUGUAUGUACCGUAGACAUGUGAUUACCCAAGAGGUUUACUCCCCUCAAAAGCAAUAUGUUAGCAAUUGUGAUAUAUGAAUCAAGUUAAAAGGGAGCUUUGGUUUAUUUUAAUUAUAAA